AUGAGGGAUGCAAGAAGGACCUGGAGGGCAGCUCAGAGCUACUGCAGGGAACACCACACAGACCUGGCGAGUGUGAAGAACAAGGAGGAGCAGGAGGAGUUGAAGUGGCAGGGCUAUCACAACUGGAUCGGCCUGUUCAGAGACGACUGGGUGUGGUCCGACCAGAACAAGUCCUCCUUCAGAGACAUGGUUGGAUCUCAUAUGUGCUCAGAAGCAUCCUUUCUUCUGUCGCUCAGGUGUGGCUGGGCCUGCGCUUCAUGUGUCCCCUGGACAUCUGGCACUGGACCACCAGGCAGAGCGUCUGCUACACCAACUGGGCCGCGGGAGGCUGGACUGGGAGGGAGGAGUGUGGGGCAGGGAUGGAGGGGAGGGCAGGGGCGGUGCAGUCUGGAGGGCAGCAGCAGUGGGUCAGCCUGCCCGAGAGCACCAGACUCAACUUCAUCUGUGCCACUGAGGAGGUGCUGUGAGUGUCCUGCAGGGGUGUCCAGGAUGCUGCUGGCCUCUUGUGUCUGCUGAACUCCAGUGGUCUCAU